UAUGUCGGAAUUUGAACGGUUCGUCAGCCAAUAAGAGGACCGAUAUAGAUAACGUUGCAUCAAAGAGCAAUAGUUUCAUUGGUUGAAUGGUUGUGUGCAUUUCCGCCAAAGUAGUAGUGUUGUGCAACGACUGCGUAAAGUUCACUAUUGGUCUACGAUCCGCAUUAUCGAGGUCGUCCAAUAGUGCUCGAUUUGGCUACAGUUCGCCAGUUAAAUGUUCAACACGAUCCCUCUGUUAAUGUCAAGACCCGCGCCGUGAAAUAGUCGCCAUCUUUGCGACCGAGUCGCAUCCCCUCGAUUCGGUCUGUCGUAUUGUUCGCGCAGCUUUAUGUUGUGUCGGAUAGAAAAAAAAUCGUUGAAAAUUGGUGACGAAACGGGCAAAGCGGUUCAGUGAGACCGGAUAGCUUUCAAGCUUCGCCGAGAGUGUAGCCCAGCACGAAGAGCGAACGUUACGUGUGGGGCUUACGUUCUCCUGGCCUCGCGAGCGCAGUAAGUACGUGACAGAAAUUUUUGGACGUUUUGACAAGUGACACAUCGAGUUGUGGGUUGAUUAGACCGAGUGGUGAUAAUAGACCAGCUCGCGAUUCAUCGGCCGGACCGUUAGUUACCGGCGUAUGCCAUUGUAACGUGUCGACGAAGAUCGUUUCGGUGGGAGAAAAAUGAGUUGUCAACGCAACGCUGGCAAGAUCACGGUGCCAGACGAGCUGCGUGACAUUCUGUUGGAGUUCACGAUCAGCUAUUUGCUGGAGCAACCGGUGGAUAUCAUCGAGUAUGCGAUAGGUUUUUUCACGCAACUUCGGGAAAGCCGUCAGACUCAGUUGAUUCAUCUCACUGCGCAGACCUGCUCCUCUACGCCGGACGAGUCUGUCGAUGAAGAACCGCCGCUCGGAAGGUUCGCGACGAGGAGGAAGAGUAUCUUUACGGAAGCGUACAAUCCUGAGGAAGACGAGGAAGACGAUGGAGCUAAGAUGGUGCAUCCGAAGAGCGACGAGCAACGGCAGAGGCUCAGCGACAGUGUUAAGAAUAAUUUUCUGUUUCGGGCCCUAGACGAGGAACAAAUGGCGGACGUGCUGGACGCGAUGUUCGAGAAAACCGUACAGCCGGGAGAAUUCAUUAUUCGACAAGGUGACGACGGUGACAAUUUCUACGUCAUCGAGAGGGGAAAGUUCGAGGUGUACGUCAAAGAUUCGCAGACGGGCGUUGAAUCCAUGAUACACAUGUACGAUAACCGCGGUGCUUUUGGAGAGCUCGCUCUUCUGUACAAAAUGCCCAGAGCGGCCACUAUAAAGGCCGUCACGUGCGGUACAUUGUGGGCCAUGGACAGGCAAACUUUCCGACGUAUUCUUUUGAAAUCCGCCUACAAGAAGCGUAAGAUGUACGAGGACCUCAUCAACAAAGUCCCGAUGCUCAAGUCUCUGGAGCCUUACGAGCGCAUGAACUUGGCGGACGCCCUAGUACCAAAACAGUAUUCGGCCGGUGAACAGAUAAUCAGGCAGGGCGAUACUGCCGACGGGAUGUACUUCGUCGAAGACGGCGUCGUUAGGAUUACUAUACUCGGAGACUACGGUCGCGAGAUAGAGAUUAAUAGAGUCCCUGCUGGUGGGUACUUGGGCGAGUUGGCGCUCGUGACACAUAAACCUCGCGCUGCUUCGGCCUACGCUGUAGGCGACGUAAAGCUGGCCUUUCUGGACGUUGAAGCUUUCGAACGCUUACUUGGGCCUUGUAUGGAACUCAUGAAGCGUAAUAUCGACGAUUACGAGGAUCAGCUAGUCAAAAUCUUUGGCAGCAAAGCUAACGUUACCGAUAUCCGAUGAACUGUCCAUAAGUAGUGAUACGAUGCACUGCUGUACUAAAGACACGGCUUUCGUACAGUAAUGUAAGAUGAACACAAAAACUUGUACCACCCACUUAUAUGAAUCUCAUCCGCGUGUUUCAAGUUAUCAUCUCAAGUCGACUUUCGUAAUGACUGUUCACUUAGACGUGUACUAGUAAGGAUCGUCGUUAAUAGUUACCAAGUUUGUACCUAUGACACACACUGACGGAUAAAAAAAGAAAACUUGUAUAGGCUUCUCUCGACUAUUCGUAUUCGCAUAACGGCACUGAACUCUCUAAGACUGCAUCAGAUCGUGAAAUAUUACCCUAUCUUGUCAUGUGCUCGAUCGUAUACAAGAUAGUAAUCUGAGUAACAAAAUAGUAUUCUCAAAAAAAAAGAAAAAAAAAUAUACUCGGAUGAUGCAACGUAUCGACAGACUCGUGCAGUUUUCAAAUAAUGUACGUUUUAUGGUACUCUAUUCUUAUACUCGACAGUUCGAGAGCAUUAUUCCGCUUUAACGCAAAUAUCAAUAAAAUAAAUUGGUACAAGUGCUUCGAUGAUCUUUCUGGUCAAGACAAAAAUUGAGAUACCAAUGGUGUAUCUUACAUUAUGAUUUUCUUCGUGAUGUUGAAGGAGAGUUUUUAUUGCUAACUUAUUACGAAAAUAUAAAUUUAGUUGUACUAAAAGAUAAGAACGGAAAUACACAUUUCGAGAUCCUGACGUUCGGUGUGUGUUUCUACGAUGAAAUCAUAGCUAUAACGCUAUGCUAGGAGAAUUAAAUUAAAUACAAAGGGCAGAGAGCACGACAGGCAAGUUAGAGCAAUUACUAGUAUCUAUGAUACCAUUUUUAAUGGAGAAAACGUAAGAGAGUAUAUUGUUUCAAAUGUCACACGUUCCGUCUAAUAUUUACAUAAUAAUGCCUGAGAAGAAAGCACUUCUUCUAUCAUAACUUUAACAGGAUAAUUUUCCUAAUUCCCAUGUUCCUAAUUUUACGAUUUGCUUUUUGCGUUAACGAGAAAGUAUUACGAGACGUAUACAUAUAUUUAUGUAGCGCACAAUACAACAUCCGUUCAUUUAAUUGUUUAUAGACACGCACAACACAUUGCGUUGAAUCAUUAUAUUUCUGUAUUAUUUAUAUUUGUUAUCAUCUAUCAUCAUUUGUUACAAUUUGAAAUAGAGACGCUUGCUGUAGCGCACAUCGCUAUACAUUUUCAAUCAAAGAAUAGUGCAUUUUUUGAUUAAAUACGUUCAAGAGUAGUACUCUAUCACCACAAUGUGUUAUUCGUCGUUUCCAGCAUCUACAUCUACCGUGCUGUUUCGUAAACGAACCAUCUUCAAAAGUGUGGUACUAUCGCCAGAAAAAAGUAAUGAGAAAUAAAAGCCUCUUCUUAAUGCAGACUCGAGUGCGCGGUCAUAUCUUUCGCAGGAUACGAUGAUUAUCGCGGACGCGUGAAAAAAAGAAACAAGCAAAAGCGACAUUUUUCUAAUUCCUUUGUAAUUUUUAUCCAUCUGAGUAGUACUGAGAUCUUUAUACUCACUGAUACUGUACGAAAUAUAUUGAUUCGAACUACACGCGGCACUGGGAUUGAAAUGGGGCGAGCACUCUGGUCUCCGAUACGUUCAUGUGUGUCUUAUCGGUGAAUCCUGGUAACAGAAUCGACCAAAAGAACCUAUGAACCUAUUUUUGUUACACGUGUAUGAUACACGUUAUACAUGUAUGAUAUACGUCUAGCAUCGUGAUAAAGAAAAAGAAGAAAGGUGGUUUCAAACUAAUUUGAACGUUGUGCGAACAAGUGCGUAUGCUAGUCACUCUUCGUGGCCGCGUAAGAUUGUCGUGUUUCUUUCGCGACAAUCGCGCCGACCAGUCGGAUGUAAUUUUUAUUACUACGAAACUAUGUAUUUACUGUGCGACUGAAACUCAAUUAUAAGCGAUAAGCUUUCUAAAUAAUAUCACAAUCACGGGGAAAGGAUAAGGAGACUAGUAUAUGUAUACUGUACGAAAACUAUGACAAGAAUAGCAUCAGGGUUUUACCAACGAUACGGAGGGGAAAUAUCUUCACGACUUUAGAAAUAUUUUAAAAAACCGUCGUGUUUUACAUGUUGGACUAAACAUUUUUUAAUUACUUCGUUUGCGAAAAAACAAACCAACAUUAUAUUACAUAUAGACGGAUAUUUGGUUCUCUUAAUAAUUACAUUUUUUUUUUAGUCGAAUUUAAAAUUAUUGUUGAUAACUUUUUAACUGAUCAAAGUGUACGAAAUAUUUCCUGUUCUUUGCUGACACGAAAAGCAUUAAUGAUGCAUGGUAUUUACUAGCAAAAGUUGCGUCGUCGAUCAUUUUACGAGGCCACCGUUGUCGACGCAUAACAACUUUGUUUUCACGAAUUUUUGUUUAUAGAUGAGUAUACACGUAUCGUACGCUUUGAAAUACCUACGUUGCAUUCACGCGUUCGUAAGAAUGCAGCAACGAACGAUUGCUAUGUUUAACAUUGCCGGAAAUUCCUGUUUCGAAUUCUGGUGAUCGUGCCAUCUUUCCUUUUUAGUUAAUCGUUCUCGGAUUCAGCGAAGUUUCAGCCGUGGUUCUUAGUCUUCCGCCGCAUCUCCAGGCUGUGAUAUUAUUUUCGGCAGAGUAUUUCAUUCCUUUCACGUAGGUCUAUGUACGCAAAAAGAUGUUUCUUGUUACGACAGCUUCCAGAUAACCGAAAGAUAAAGAAGACAAGGAGAACCCUUGAUUAUCGUGGAAUCGAACCAUUCCAAAGAUAGGGUUGAUCGAUUAUUGUUGACUGUUGAUUGCAUCGUUAAGGGCGACUAGGAGUUCCGAUCGGCGACUCGAGUGACUUGAUCGUUAAUGUCUAAUAGAAGAAUCGGGCAAUUAAGAGAAGAUACGCGAUAUAUAUAUGGCGGAAGAUUAUUCUCGCACACCGAAUUGAAAAGUAUAUUUAGGCAAAGUACUCAUCUGUGCGGAGCCAAGAUUCGAUAAAUUAAAUGUAAACGCUUAAGUAGAGUUGACCCAAUUCAAGUUGUACUGUAUGUAUCUUUAAUCAAGCGUGUAGUUUCUUCUACAUGUGCUGCGUGUUGCCCUUCGUGUGUGUGAGUGUGCGUGACGACCGAGCCAGUAAUUUAUUACUUGAUUUGCAUGAACCGUUGUCAGGAAAUUUUCGUCCGAACGGUUGUACGUUUCGUGUCAUCAUCAUUGAAAGUAAUCGCCGGUAAAAUAACUAAUUCGCUGAAGCUAUGCGAAUGAAUCUCGCGUAAUUAUAGGACGUACGCUUUACCGUGCCGGAGGGUUCCUUUUCUCAUUUGCUUCCGAACGAGAACGGCGAUCAUGUAAAUUCGCGGACACGUCGGUGGUCUGCUCCGAGUCCACGAGAUCGCGACUCGUUCUUAUCAGUCUAGUCCAGAAUGACGCGAAGAAUAUUUCUGGCUAAGUAAACGUGUACCAAGUCAGUUUGAUGGGUUGCGCGGCCAAUUAUAUGCUUCUGAAGCGUCGACUAUCACAAUUUAACGCAAAUCGCUAUAAGAGAAAGGCAAUAUCGACGUAUCACCUAAUCGAUAUUUGCUCUCACCUCGCUGAAAGUGUUUGCGAAUAUUCCGAGACCCGCUGCGGCUAACGCUCCGAGAAAGACUAAUUUCAUGCGUGAAUAAAUUGUCAGGAUCAUAUCGAUGCACUCGUGAGGCAUCACCUAUACCCUGAUUAGAUUUCUGAAAUCGACGCUUUGAUUGACGCGCUCAAAGUGCACCACCGGAACCCAUCGGGUUCUUCGUACGCAAUUUCUGUUUUCCACGUGUAUCGAUAUCAAUGUCCGUUCCAUUAAAAGACCGCGCUGUUAUAACGCCGGCACGCACGAUGGCUGUCUAAGUGAAACAGUCUCUUAGCGUCGGACCAAUACCUUAUAAAAGAGCAACGGAGUUUGCAACUAUUUCCCUCGUGCUAUUACUCUUACCUCUGUCUCGAUUUUCUUUGUAAUCGUUUAUCUAAAACGAUCGUGUACCGUGUUAGGCAAACCUCAAGUGUAUCGAAGUGAACAACAGUAUAUAAAAUAACUGAAAAUAUAGAGUCUGUAGCGUCUCGACUGUCUCUGUAUUUAGACAAUGGUAAAUUCGCUAUUGCUCGCGUGAUCGCAGCGAGGGCGAAAGAUAUUGAUCGCUCAAGACCAUCUCCACCAUAUCAUUUGGCUAACCCUCGUCGCUAUGUACUAUUUCUUCGUGGUUUUGAACUAACGAAAGAGAAUAAAACUAACGUGUAGUGUUUUAUUUGAGUGUAUAUAUAUAUGAUGAAAUUUUUGUUUGUUGCAAAGUCAUUACUUUGUUAUAAUUCAAAUUUUUAUUUAAACCGAAAUGGGUAACUAGUUGUUUACAUUUUUUGCUUGAUGAAAUUUAUCCUGGGAGAUGUGAUCUUGAGCGACUAAACAAUUUAUCCAACCUGUGUAAUUUGUUACGCGUGCAAAAACUCUGUACCAAGUAUAUAGUCUGGAGGUACGUCAACAGAUCAAAAUACGCUCCGUGAUAGAGAAAAUGUCCCGAGAGUGAAAUUCUCUCCAAGUUUCCGAUGCUUUAAGCGAAGCAAUAUAAGCGAUCAGCUCGAUUGCGUAUCGACAAUCGUCCGACAUCAUCGCAUGAAAGUCUCAUACGAUUAAAAUGAGGCAUAUUUUUAUCUAGAUAACGAAUGAAGCUCUUUCUAGAGGAAACUUCUAUUGACGAGUCACGAAUAAAGUUUGAUCUGGAUGAAAGUCUGUUAUUAAAGUGGGUCUUGAAUCAAAUACUAUUUGUUAUUUAAAUAACCGUUUAAUAAAUAUUUCUUCGCUAUGUAUGUGACUUCUGUGUAGCCCAAAAAGACAAGAAUUAGGAGAAAAUUAUUUGAGUAACGAUUAACGUUUUCUCGAGAGUCCUUUAUUUGAGCGGAGAGCUUUAUCUAGAUAAAAAUUUAUUUGAAAUUAUCCCAAUAGCGCCCAAUUCUGCACACAAUGCAACUGUCACGCCUAUUUAUCGAUCAUCUUAUAAUUAUCGCACUCGUAUUUCCGUAACUGAAACGAGGAAUAUUCCUUUCGGUUAACAAACAUGUUAAUGCGAUUGGAACAACGAUUCGUUACGUUCUUGCUUAAUUUGACAGCGAUGUUGUACCGCGACGUUCCACGGAAGGUUCGUUCGCUAUCGAAUAGCGUGUCGCAUGCAGGCCAGGGGAAUUAACAAUAUUUUGUAUAUUGAAACCAGAACGAGUGAAAAAAGUCCUGUUUUCGUAUGUUGCGUCGACCCGUUAGGUCCUUCGAUUCGAAGCUAACUAAGCGAAGAAUUGUUCUACUCGUCUAAUGAAUGUUUAACAGAUAUUCGUGUGUAUGUAAGUCUCAGAAUGUUAAUCGCGAUAUAACCGAUAAAAUAUCCAUCGGCAUUCUCGUUUUGCGUACCGUGAAGUCUGAAGCAGCAGAGAAGGAUCACGGCGCGAGUUCAAUGCCCCGCAAAUUACCAUGGAAAGAAGGCUAUCGGGUGAAACGGAAUUGAUACAAAGAAGCUGGCUUCAGAUACGUAACGUAAAUUUAACGCGUGAGAAAUGUUUGUCCUUUGCUGAGGGCUUAGAUACCGCGACGAUGCGACUUUGUAAAAGAAUGCGUGCAUGAGACCGACGGUCAAAAUUCGUUGACCGUCCUGUGUUAAUGGAAUUGCACCGGUACAAUUUGCAGAGAGGCUGUCUACGAUCCGAUGACGCGCUAAAUAAAAUAAGUCAUAUUAUUGUAAUAUUAUCAGGGUAUCGAAUGGUUGAAAAAGUUCUCAAAGACGUGACCGUCGACUUUGUCGAAUGACUCGGCAAGUGAUGAGAACCGCCGUACGCCGAAGAUGGGCAAACUGCUCAUCUAGAUAACAAAUUUCGUAUAACGAAUAAAAGAUGAUCAAUUUUCCAUUGGUUGUAUGUUCUAUAAAAGUUAAAGUCAAAUUAUUGUUAAAUUCUUUGAAAAACAGAACUUUUAUUCGUCAUUUAUUGUUCCAAUAAAAUGUUGCUAAUCUUUGUCGCACGCGGAAGUUCAAAAAGAAAAAUACAAGAUAAUUCCAAUAACGUGUCCGUCAGCGAGAUGAUAGGCCGUGUAGCAAAAUUAUUCCGAGCGGCUUUGAGUAUUUACCAGCAUUCUAACGUUUAUACGUUUUCUGCCUAUGACUGCAAUCCGUUCUUUCGCGAGCAAAUUAUUUGAAUGCUUUGUGUAUUAUGCGAGAGGAAUUGCGAUCGAGUAGAGUAACUGCGCGGUUAUAGCCGUGAAACAUAGACGAUUUAAGUUUACUAACAUGCAGAGCGUCCCUGCGUGGUACAAUCGCUAAAAGAAGAUUUGAGUUAUUCUUGUUGUUUAAAUAAGUCGACUUAUUUUCAAGCGAGGAACAAUUUAUUCUUUCUUUCGGUGAAUUUUGCCAUAUAUUUCGAGAUACCCCUGUAAUAUCGAAUCAUUUAAUGUUGUAAUCGUAUCGACUAUUUUGCGUGUCCACCGAGCAAAACAGCCGUAUUUUCAUAAUCGCAACAAUAAUAUUCUCGAGAUUGUCACACUUCUGUCCCUGUUAUAUUUGUUGAUGCUCAAGUCGCAUCGUUAUUGCAAGUCCGAGCGAGCUGGUGAUAUCGCUCCGGUGCGAGGUCCACGAGAGAUGUACGUUUUAAGCUGGAUAGAUUUUAUACACGUAUACGCUUACGUAAGGAUGUCUCUCUCGAGUUACAAAAAUGUUUGUGAACUAUAAAGAAACAAACAAACAAAAAAAAAGAAGAUAGUAAUUAUUGUAACGUACUUAACGUUUUUUCCGUUUCACGAUGUGUUGUAGCGUAAAACAGACGUGCACAUACGUAUAUAUACAUAUAGAUAUAUUAUAUAUACACAGAAUUAUAUAUUAGAUAUGUCGUUAUAUAUAUACAUAUAUGUCGAGACUCGUUUCCAGCUGGUCUGAUCGGGUAUUACUUUAAUAAUUAUAAAUUGCGUUAACCUGGCAGCGAUGCGAUUGCGAAGUAACAUUAUAGAAAGUGACGCGUGCAAUCAUAUAAUUUAUUGUAUAGCGCGCACUGUCAUGCCGACGACAGUUUAGCGAUCUGUAGUCCAUUGGCGAUGAAAGUGGAAAGGUGCACUAGUUGAUACUUCUGUUGUUCGAUUCAUACAGAUAAUUAUAUGCGAUUAUACGCGAUUGGAUAAUCGUGUGGUAACCGGAUCUGUAACUUAACAACUGGCGUAUGAGACUCUUUUUUUUCUCUAGAUGAAUAUGGAAAUUGAAAAUCAAUUGUUACAUUAUAUGAAUUGUUCUUUCAAGUACAGAUAUAUAAGAGGAUAUAGGCUUAAUCGGUUACCAAUUCGUUCCUAUUUGUUAAUGUUACUAAUUAAACUGAGAGACGAGUCUAAAGCACGCACGAGUGUAGGCACACGCAAUUAAAUUUAACAAGUACCAGGAAUAUUUAUCCGUUAAUUUUCUACAUUGAACCAAUGAACAUCGAUCUCUUUUUUUUUUUUUCAUUAAAAAUUGUUGCCAUGUGAAGGUGCUAUCGACAGAAUUCAAUGUGAUUGUACUGAAGCGAAUAUCAGAUAUAUACAAUGGAGAACUACACGGUGUGUUUACCCAUACUCGAUUAGACAAUGGUACGUAGCUACUACAUGCUUCUUACACAGCAUCACUGCCGGAUUAAGUACCGGUGUUACUCUCUUUUUGACGAGCAUACCUAAUUUGACGUUAAAAGUUUUGGCACAUCAAUAUUGUCAAACCUGUACUUUUAGUUGGUCGUACAAAUUCGUUGACUAUGUUCACGAAAAAGUCACUACUCUGACGUCUUGCUCUCGUAUACUUACUCAAAUUGCUCAUAAUGGUACAUGUAUUUCUACGAAUACAAUGUUUACUGUUACCAUUAUGAAGAAACGUUACUUAUUUGUUUAUUUACCCGACGCGAGUUCGUAUUCGAGAAGCGAGAAACAUUAGACGUACAGUGUACUAUGAAUAGAUAGUAUAAUGAAAAUUAAUAUAUAAUAAAUGAAUGGAUCUGUA